AUGUCUUUGGAUAUAUUGAGUCAACAAAUCACUUGUCUGUUGGGACACAACGGCGCCGGAAAGACCACAACAAUGAAUAUGAUUACCGGUAUAUAUCCUCCCUCUUCGGGCAAAAUACUGGUCAACGGUUACGACGUGUCGACCGCCACUCGUGAGGCCCGAAAGAGUAUCGGCUAUUGUCCACAGGAAAACAUACUUUUCAAUGACUUGUCUGUUGAACAACACCUCCAACUCUAUGCUGUACUGAAGGACAUUCCGAGUGAUAAGAUUGGGUCUGAAAUCACUCGAGUGCUGACAAUAAUCCGAUUGAGUGACAAAAGGCAUUGGAAGAGUUCACUCCUCUCCGGAGGUAUGAAACGGAAGCUAAGUCUAGGAAUCGCUAUCAUCGGCACCACAGAAGUCCUGAUACUGGAUGAGCCGACCUCUGGUAUGGAUCCUGAGGCCCGUCGAGCCAUUUGGGAUGUCUUACAACACGUCCGCAGAGAGAAGACUAUACUUCUGACCACUCAUUACAUGGAAGAGGCGGACAUAUUGGGCGACAGAAUAGCGAUUAUGUCUGAAGGAGUGCUCAAGUGUUGCGGUUCUCCGAUGUUUCUCAAGAAGCGAUUCGGCGCCGGAUAUCACCUCAGAAUCGCAAAGACAGACAACUAUAACAAAGAAUCGGUUGACACGACUCUCAAGAAGUAUUUGCCGGACAGUCGUCUUCAAAGUGAGAUCAAUACUGAAGUGAUUUAUUCACUCGAAUCCGACGACCGCUCGAAACAGACCGACAAAAAUAUAUUCCCGAAACUCUUCGACGAACUCGAGAGCCGUAAACAAGAGCUCGGAUUCAACUCAUUUGGCAUAACUGUGACCACAAUGGAAGACGUCUUCCUUAAAGUCGGUUCCUAUGAAGAGGUGGACAACGGAAAGAAGGGAUCGCAGGAGAAGAUAGAGAAGCAGUACAAGAAUGAGGACGGCUUUAAACUGAUCCAAAUGUCAGUAUUGGGUCUUCUGGUGAAGCGUUUCCAUUACAGUCGCAGACAUUGGGCGAUGUUGUUGUUCCAGAUCGUCAUUCCGGCCGUACUCUUCAUACUUGUCUUUCUGGCAGAUAAUAGUGUUAAAUCUGUUGCCACUGAGAAGUCUAAGUCAAUUACACUCGAUCUCCAGGAACUAUACGGCCGUACGAUUGGAUUCUACCACGACUUGGACCCAACGACUCACGACUUCGGCGCCCAUCACUACAUACCGAACGCCGAGAGACACGGCAUCACCGCAAACAUAUUGACCAAACAAACUGAUCCAAAGGAUUGGCUGCUAGAAAAGAGUCGCGACUUUGAGCAAUACGUGAUGAAGUAUGUGUUGGGAGGCGCCGUCAGCAACACGUCCGGUACCCUUAGGCCCCAGAUAUGGUUUAACUACGAGUCCACUCAUUCACUCCCGCUGUCCAUAAACUUGAUGUAUGAGUCACUCGUCCGCCAAUCGGUGCUCAAACUUAAGGACUUCACGAUCACCACAAUCGUAGAACCGCUCAAAAGUUGGGUCUUCACCGGCAGCGAACCGCUCAAAAGUUGGGUCUUCACCGGCAGCGGUAAAGACAAAGAGUAUUACAAUGCUUUGAUCCAAAAUAUGAUGGCCGCCGGCGUCUCGUGCGUACUCUUAAUGCCGAUUACGUUACCAUUUUUGGCCGCCUCUUACCUCAUAUACCCCAUCAUUGAGAGGGUCUCGAAGUCCAAAGCCCUGCAACUGAUGACUGGUCUGUCUUCGGCCGUGUAUUGGCUGUCAAACUACUUGUUUGAUAUAUUGAACCACUUGUUAGCGAUAACCCUAUUAUCACUUGUGGUCUAUAUGUUUGACGUAAACCAAGCGUUCUUCAAGGGCUGGCAGUCGGGAACCGCUUUCUUCCUAUUGUUACUGGCAUUUGGUUUGUCGUCGAUAUCCAUAGCCUAUUGUCUGUCUUUUUGGUUCAACUCAUCGCCAAUCGGUUUUUCACUAUUACUUGUGUUUUAUCUGGUGUUUGGUUUCAUUGUAAAUGCCAUUUAUUCGGGCCUUUACUUGAUUACAACGGCAGGGGCGGCGUUAGCGGGUCCGACCACACCGAUGGGCACCACACAAGAGGACGGUUUCAUGUGGUUAAUACAUGCGUUCCGAUUGAUACCCAUAUUCUCGUUAAACUAUGGCUUCACAAAGAUUUAUAUGAUUAAUGUGAACAAACAGUUGUGCGCCAAACAAAUGGAUGCGAUUAGAGAGUCUUCCGGCCAUCUUUGGCCCUCAAACACGUUUCCCACCGAAUGGCCCGACCAGUGGCCGUCAUUUUUCCCGGACGCCCCGCUUUACAACCAGAUGACAUCGUGUAAAUACUUAAAUCCGUUGAUUUUGAAUCCGGCGGGCAUUGGCCGCGAGCUCAUCGGUUUGACAGUAUCGGCGCUGUUAUUCAUAAUCGUGUUAUUGAUUAUCGAA